AAAUAAAGAAUGACUACGCGCCCAAUGACCCCAUCUUCAGCACCCACAGGCUAGCAUACAUAAUGCCGUAUAUAAGACGGGACAUGCUGCUGCUGGAGAAUCAGCUGCCGAUGCUAGUGCUGUAUCAGCUGGUUGCCAUCGCGAACGAUGGCAAGGAGGAUGACGUCAACGAGCUCAUUGGAAAAUUCCACUUCCUCCAUGAAACUAAAAAGUUCACGGGGUUGGGCAGACGCCUCCAUGUCAUGGACGUCUUCAGGGAAGGCCUGUUGAUGGAACCCAAGAAGGCCCAGCACGCAGGGACAAAUGUGGAGACCGAGACAAUAAUCCGGUCAGCCACUGAGCUCAACGAGGCCGGGAUCAAGUUCAAGAAAAGCAACACCAAAAGCCUCAAGGACAUCUCCUUUGCUGAAGGGGUCCUGAAGCUCCCAGUCAUCAAGGUGGAUGACACCACCGAGUCCAUGUUCCUCAACAUCAUGACGUUCGAGCGCUUGCACAUCAACGCUGGGAACGAGGUCACAUCCUACGUCACCUUCAUGGACAAAAUCAUCAACGAUAGGCAGGAUGUCGCCCUGCUUCACACAGAAGGCAUCAUCCAGAAUGAUUUCGGAAGUGACAAGGCAGUCGCCAAGCUAUUCAACUCUCUGUGCACGGACGUGACGCUCCCAGCCAACGGAAACCUCGACGACGUGCAACAGAAGAUCAGCGAGCACUGCAAGAAGCGCCGUAACAAGUGGAGGGCUAAUCUCAAGCGCACCUACUUCAGGAGUCCUUGGACUAUAUUGUCUCUCACCGCCGCCCUCUUCCUCUUCGCUCUCACUAUAAUGCAGGCCGUGUAUACCGUGCUCAGAUACCAUGCACAAUGAUUUCUUUUUUUCCAUUUUUGGUUGUUUCUCCUAAUGCCUGAUGCUCGAUAUUUAUCUGUUGAUUGGCUGUUGAUUGUUGUCAUCAAUGAUUUUCCUCCUGUUUUCAGUCGUGCUUUUUUCCCUCCCUAAAUGUCAUGAACGAUGGACAUUUGGCUGUUUAUAUAUCAUUAUCAGAUGAUGAUUCUCUUGUU